AUGGACAACAGCUCAUCUGCCAGUCAACUUGAGGUCGCUCUGCAACAUUUUGUCAACCAAGUCUCCAAGACUCGCCAAAAUAGCGAAUAUGCGGCGCGAGAGAUAUCUUGGGGUGUCUUCGAUCAUUCACAACUCGAAGAAAUUUCUUCAUUAUUGGUAGACCUCAUACCACCGGCCUCUGGCCUAAACUCAGUAGCAGAGAUGCUGCAACUAUCUACUGCUGCAGGUUACGAUCCCUCCAACGACGCAUGUGGGAUAAACCGACGUUCUGAGGCAGACAACGAUUUGUCAUAUGACGAUGACUGGCAACAUCUCGAGGCAGCAAUGCAUCAGCAUUCACAAAUAAUGACUGAGGCAAUCAUUGAAGGAAUUGAGCACGCCAAACUUCGGCUAAAAUUGGCAAAGGGACGCUCCCUGUUUGGCAGGCCUCGUGUGAGAGUGGUCGACGCGGAGCACCGCGCUGUUACCGUGAAUCCGGGCGAAGCGGGCUUCCUUGAGUCAUAUCGCGACGUGUUCGAAAAGGGCCGUGUUCUAGGCCAAGAGAAUGAGGCUAUAAGUAGCAAGAAGCUGCUUGACUGUUACAUUCAACGUAGGCCACAGGUUGAAAAUCUGAGUCAAUAUACUUCGGAAAUGCACUCCAACACUUUGCGGUACUUUCUAUUUCUUCACUCUCAAACUCUCCUCUCGUCUUUGGGAAAUGAACUCCUUCAUUUUCUCACUUUCCUCGACGACUGCUAUUCGCGCCCUAAGCGGUUACUCAUUCCGCCGUUCCUUCACCCCAAUUAUUGGGUUGAAAGAUUUGUUCGCUUGGGAGGCAUCCAAAAAGACAGUACUUCUCAGGACGCAGAAAAACAAACAAACGUCGAACUUGGUCCCGCAUUUCACAGUCCAAAAAACCCCGACCACCUCCCACCUAGUGGCCUUAUGGAGACUAUUGGGGAUCAUAUUCGCAAGAUCCCUUCUGUGUUUCGUAGUGAUCAUGCAGCGUUCGGGCUCCGUGUUGUCUGUGCCAUCAUGACAAUAGCUAUUAUUGCGUUCCUUCACGAUGCGCAGAAUUUCUAUUUCAGACACCGGUUUCUUUGGUCGCUAUUCGCCAUAUUGCUUUCCAUGGCUCGCACUGCUGGAUCAUCAACCUUUCUUUUACUAGGUCGAGUACUUGGUACUCUAGCUUCAAUGGUAGCGAGCUAUAUCAUCUGGUACGUGGUCGACGAAAAGACUCCUGGUAUAUUAGUCUUCCUCUGGUUGUGGUUCAUAGUGCUUGGCUAUCUAUUCGUCAAAUUCCCUAGUCUCUUUAGCAUAUGGUUCGUUGCUCUCAUUGCUUCAAUCGUAAUGAUAGCAAAUGAACUUCAAGUCCGAAAGUUGGGAGAAGCAGCCGUCUUGGCAUCUGGACAGGCUGUGUAUGCACCGUAUAUAAUAUUUCCUUACCGGCUUGCUUUCGUCACCCUUGGUGUUGUAACUGGAUAUUUCUGGACAAUCUUCCCCUACCCUCUCUCCGAACAUUCAGAACUCCGCGAAAAUAUGGCUAAAACCAUGUAUGGGUUAGCCUGUUAUUACAUGUGCAUCCAGCAAACGGUUCUCGCACAUCUUCACGGUGAUUUCGGUGACAUUCAAGAUAAAACAAGUCCCGGAUUUCACCUUCAAGCAGCUCGCCGUCGCAUCUUUCACAAAUACCAAGCCCUGAGCACCAGCACCAAAAUAUGUUACCAGUUCCUUGACUGGGAAUUUGGCCUUGGCGGCCGCUUUCCUAAGCAAACAUAUGGCGAAAUGAUCUCUAUCCUCGAGCGUCUUGGAAGCUACAUGACUCUUAUAAGCUAUGUGUCUCGGGAAUUGAAGGCCUCAAAGGCGACCUCCUCGUGGUGGGUCAACGAUCCAACUGGUACAGCUCAAGCUCAUUUAACUCCUGAAGGCGUUACAACAAGAAUGAUCAUAUUGCAUUCUGCACUGAGUCGGGCGCAUCCGCUGCCACCAGAACUGACAGAGUUGGAAAUACCGCACAUGGGAGAAUUCCUAACUAGAGAUGUGCCUGCAGAUGCUGGCUUCGCUGCCGCGGCAUUGAUUCACAGUGUUAAUUGGUAUUUAAUUCGGGAUGUUAAUCGUUUGACUCAGUAA